AUGCAUCAUGGCCCGUCAUGCGAAGAGCGUGCCGCAAGAGGUCCCUCGUUUUUGGAGGUUGUUCACUACGUCUGGCAGCACUGUUGGCCAGCCUUGGUGGUAUCGUUCAGCGCUUCUUGUUGUUUCGCCACAUACUAUUUGAUAAAGGUCGAUGCCUCAAUGCAGAGUUUCCUGCGGGGACCUCCUAGCGAAUGCAAUUACUGGUGCGGCCUGUCAAUCUUGUUGUGGCUGAUUGCGGGCCCCUUCGUUCUUGCAUUCCAUCUUGCCCUUAUGGCGAUUCUACUGCUUGCUCCAGCAAUGAUAUGUUUGACUGCGUUUGCUGUCAUUUUCCCUGUCUUGUGCAAGUUGAAAAUCGGUGAUGUGGAGGAUUCCUUGCUCUUUUGCCUCACGCUUCCAUCGGGUGCCGUGGUUGGCUCGAAUGCGUACAUGUGGCCUCCAUAUAUGACCCUUGUCCUGAAGGGUUUGCAUGAUGUGGUGUUUGCCAAAUGGAACUCCUAUGACACAGUCGUCGUUGAGCUUUUUGACAGAAAGAUCAUGUCUGUGCACAUCUGGCUUGGAACACAAGUGCUAGACCUCUAUACAGACUUGGCCGCACUGUUGGCUAUGCUUGGUCGUGUGCAGCCCUGGUGCCAGAUCAUUUGGGCUCUCACCUGCGUUCCUUCUGCAACCGUUGUAUUUGCAGUUGCCAUGUUUCCAGUGACGGACGAAAUCCUUUGGCGCUACCGCCUGCUCCAAAUUAUUUCAGAGGACAUUGCGCAGUUAUCGAUAGCAUUCCUUGGCCUGUUUGACCGUACCGUUUCGGCAGACAUGAACCAGUAUGUUCUAUACUCUCUCCUAACGAACUUGCUUGGGGUGCUAGCUUCGUUAAAGCUGAUUCUUACAUCCACGCACGCUCAGACGGCACUUCGCAAGGUUGGUGUUGGGGACUACAUGCUGGUUUCGCAGCACGAAGCCGACGACUCGGAUGCAGAGGCAUCCGUUCCUCAGAACACUACUGACCACAUGCAGAUCUCCUUGCACGAGGCGAAAUCAAAGGAGCAGGAAAAUAUGCCUUCGGUUUUGACCCAAAAAGAUCACAUUUACAGCGGCUUUUGUCCCGAAAUAGCGGCCUGGGAGCCUCGCGCACCUCUCGGACCUUCGGAUCUUUCUGUGCACCCAAAGCAGACUGCACAGGAAGCAGUCCUUCCCCUUAGGCCGAGCUCGCAGAAGAUGUUGCCUGCAAAGCAGCCUUCAUCUUGCUGCUCCGUUUCUUGA